AUGCCCCCGGUGACGUCACGCGGCGAGCGGCCCUACGAGUGCCCCGAGUGCGGCAAGGCCUUCGCCGCCGCCAAGUCGCUGGGCAAGCACCGCAAGACUCACCGCGACGGCGCUGCGGUGGCACCGUGCCGCGAGUGCGGUUCUACCGGGGUCACCACACCCUGCCCGCACCACAAAACUGCCGGGAUCGCGGUGGACUGCGGCAAGACCCUGGCCAGCGAGGCCGCGCUGGUCACGCACCGCCGCAUCCACACCGGCGAGCGCCCCUUCGCCUGCCCCGACUGCGGGCAGGGCUUCAUGGCGGCCAAGUCGCUGGGGAAGCACCGGCGGGCGCGGCACGGCGGCGGCUUCGGCUGCGCCGAUCCGGCGGGGGUCCCGGCGCCCCCCCAGCCCCUCGGGGUCAGUCCGGCGGGGGUCCCGGGGGUCCUGGCGCCCCCCCGGCGGCGGCGGCCGGCCUGCGAGCAGUGCGGGAAGGCGUUCCGGGACGGCGCGGCGCUGCGGCGGCACCGGCGGGUGCACACGGGCGAGCGCCCGUUCGGCUGCGGCGAGUGCGGCAAGAGCUUCGGCGCCAGCUCCAGCCUGGUCAUCCACCGGCGCUCGCACACCGGCGAGAGGCCCUUCCCCUGCGGCCGCUGCGCCAAGAGCUUCGUGUCGCGCUCGGCGCUCAUGAAGCACCUGCGGACGCACCUGCGGCGCGGGGAGCCCGCGGGCACCGGCUGAGAGCGGGACUGGGAUUGGGGGACCCCCGGAUUGUGGGGAGCCCGCGGGCACCGGCUGAGAGCGGGACUGGGACUGGGGGGCACCCGGAUUGUGGGGAGCCCGCG